AUGUACGGUGCUCAAAGUCAAGGCUCUAAUUUCUACCAUCACCCCCAGGGGAGCUCCCAAAGUACAUGGCAACAACAGAUGAGUGACUCUAAGGGAGCAACAUCUAAUAGUGGUAAGCCUUUGCUGAUGGCCAACAAUAGCAUAUUCUCAAUCGGACCAUACAAGAGACGGAAAGACGCUAACCGAGUAUCAGUGGUGGAGAAAUACGAGAUCAUAGGCUACAUAGCAGCUGGUACUUACGGAAAAGUGUACAAGGCUAGGAAGAAGUCUUCUGGUAGGGACAGCCCGCCUUCUUCGCUAACUGAUAACGAGAGUUCCGUACCGGUCUCGUUGAAUCAGCCGCUGGACGGAAACGACGCUUUGGAUAUUAACUCGAUAAACAAGUCAACUAGAGUUCCAGAUUCCUCGGCCCCCUCUGUCCCUAAUAAUCAGCCACAGGGAACAAACGCCGAUCACAAAUCACAGCCUAGUGCUCAAAUACCGCAUGGCUCAAAUGUCUCAAACUCCAUUAUCUUGGGAUCACCGACGAAGAAGCUGCCGUCUCUUUAUGCCAUAAAGAAGUUCAAGACCGAACGGGAAGGUGUGGAACAGUUGCACUAUACUGGAAUAUCUCAAAGUGCAUGUCGAGAAAUGUCUUUGUGCCGGGAACUGCGAAACAAACACCUAACCCAUCUGGUUGAGAUCUUUCUUGAGCAUAAAAGCAUUUACAUGGUAUCCGAAUUUGCAGAACACGACCUACUACAGAUCAUACAUUUCCAUUCUCACCCGGAGAAGCGUUUGAUUCCUCCAAAAAUGUUGAAAUCAAUAGUAUGGCAAAUCCUAGACGGGGUAUCUUACCUACACCAAAAUUGGAUUUUGCAUAGAGAUUUAAAGCCUGCAAACAUUAUGGUAACUGUAGAUGGUUGUGUUAAGAUUGGAGAUUUAGGGCUGGCCAGGAAAUUUCACAAUAUGGUUCAGACGCUCUAUACAGGUGACAAGGUUGUAGUCACUAUCUGGUAUCGUGCUCCCGAGCUUCUAUUAGGUGCACGUCAUUAUACACCUGCUAUUGAUCUAUGGGCGGUUGGAUGCAUCUUUGCUGAACUUAUAGGGUUGCGACCCAUCUUCAAGGGUGAAGAAGCCAAAAUGGAUUCCAAGAAGAGCGUUCCGUUUCAAGGAAAUCAACUCCAGCGGAUUUUAGAGGUGCUCGGAUCUCCUAACGAGAACAGUUGGCCUGACAUUCACAAGUAUCCCGAAUGCGAGCACCUUUCGAAAUUUCCUCGUUACAGAGAUAACUUGCCAGUAUGGUAUCACUCUGCCGGUGGUCGCAACAAAGAUGCUUUGGACCUUUUAUAUCAGCUGCUUCGAUAUGACCCAAUCACCAGAGUUGAUGCCGUAGAUGCGCUAGAACAUUCCUACUUUACAAAUGAUGCACCCACUGUCAGCGAAAACGUCUUUGAAGGAUUAAACUACAACUAUCCCCCAAGAAGAAUACACACAAAUGAUAAUGACAUUAUGAAUGUGACGAAUCCAAACGCCAAAUCCACUGCCUCGCAUACACAAUCAAUGGCGUCUAAAAAUGUGGGAAAUUCAUCGUUGGGAGGCCUUGGAGUCAACAAAAGGAUUUUGGCUGCUGCUGCGGCCGCAGCAGCAGCUGUGUCCGGCAAUAAUUCGUCCACACGAGCUGGGUCAUCGACAGCUGCCAAUGGGCCGCUACGUAAGAAAAGAAAAUGA